AAAUACCAGUACUUCAAAUGUCAGUAUGUCCCUUAACAGCACCAUAUAUCCAACAGCAAGUACUCAAACUGGGUUUGAUCUGAACAUGAGCCAUGAGAGCUACGAGACAGCCACCUUGUGGCUGAUUACUACUAUCCACUGCAUAAUUGUGGCGUUUGUCUUCUCCAAGGGCAAGCCAUUCCGGCAAGCUAUAUAUACAAAUUAUGCAUUUACUGCCGUACUGAUAGUCCAGCUUGGAGUCUGCAUCUACCUUUUAUUUGCUGACAUCCACAGUAUAUAUCAAGUGAUGGAGCUUGUGUGUCUACCAACUUCUUGGAGAAUCACUAUUCUUGUCAUAUUGAUCAUUACCAUUAUUGUUUCAUACUUAGCUGAAGAAUUUAUUGUAGAGAACAGAAAACUUUGGCUGCUAAUGAAAACAUUCCUCAAAUACAAAUCGAAGAGUCAGUACAGAAAAACUAUCAGAGCAGUGGAAAUGGACCACGACUGGCCUCCAAUCAACCAGACCUACCGGACAAAACCAGUUAUCAGACAUUCAGAUGACAAAGCACAAGUGUAUAACAAUCCAGUAUUUGAAAGCAAUGAAUUCAAGUAG